AUGGUGGAUUCGCAGAGCCCAGAUACAACUGAUGACACCUUCGACGUCGUGAUCAUCGGAGCAGGAAUAUCAGGCAUCAAUACCGCCUACCGCAUCCAGUCUCGACUUCCGGGGAUUCGAUAUGCCAUAUUUGAAGCACGCGGUGCACUCGGGGGCACAUGGGACUUUUUCAAGUACCCAGGCCUACGGUCGGACUCUGAUCUGUUUACCUUUGGCUUCUCCUGGCGACCGUGGUUGGAGACCAACCCUAUCGCUGAGGCCUCAUCCAUUCUGAAUUAUCUGAAAGCGUCAGCUGCUGCCGAGGGAAUAGAGAAGCAGAUCCAAUUCAACACUCGCGUUCAAAGCGCGAACUGGUCCACGAAAAGGCAAAUUUGGAACCUGACGAUUCUUUCAGACGCGACGAUCAGAAAAGUCCACGCGAAAUUUCUUGUCCUCGGCACUGGGUAUUAUGCUUAUAACAAGCCACUGGAAGCCAAAUUCCGAAAUCUGGACACUUUCGCCGGCAGAGUUGUCCAUCCUCAGUUUUGGCCGAACGACGUCGACUUUACUGGCAAACAUGUAGUUUGCGUGGGGAGCGGCGCCACAGCCAUUACCCUUGUCCCAGUACUGGCGCAGCAGGAGGCCAGUGUCACGAUGUUACAACGCAGUCCAUCGUAUGUUGUGUCGUUACCCAACCCUCGGUCGGCAUCUUUGCUGCAGCGCUACCUGCCGGAGCGUCUGUCAUACACCCUGAACAGGCUGUAUUUCAUGGUUAUGCCCAUCCUCUUUUACUACUUCUGCCGCCUGUUUCCAAGGAUAUCUCGAACUAUGAUCCGCGACAAUGCCGCCAAACAGCUUCCCAAGGACUAUCCGGUAGAUCCGCACUUCACACCUCGAUACAGCCCGUUCGACCAGCGGGUGUGCUUUGCCCCAGACGGCGAUUUCUAUGCGGCCAUCCGCCGGGGGCGUGCCAAGGUAGUCACCGACACCAUUGACCAGAUUGUCGAGGACGGCAUCCUCCUCCAGGGUGGCGACAAGAUACCAGCCGACAUUAUCGUCACAGCCACAGGAUUCAAACUCCAGCUUGGCGGUGGAAUGAACCUAACCGUGGAUGGGGAGUCGUUUCGCUUUGCUGAUAAAUUUACCUGGCACCAUGCAAUGCUACAGGACCUUCCCAAUACGGUGCUGAUCAUGGGCUACACAAUGGCGUCGUGGACUUUGGGUGCCGAUGCUACUGCGUUUCUCCUUUGCCGUCUCUUGAAAGGGAUGCGUAGACAUGGCCUAACGAGCAUUGUUCCUCGAAUACUCGAUGACAAUGCUCCCGAGGCACGCCCACUGAUGGACCUCACGUCGACUUAUGUCUCGGCUGCGACAAAGGAUCUUCCGAAGACCGGUGACAGCGGUCCGUGGAAAAGGAGGAUGAAUUACUUCACGGAUUAUCUGACGCUCAACUAUGGGAAUGUGUCAAAAAAUCUUGAAAUGUGGCAAGGUGACAGAUUGGUGACGAAUAUCAAGUUGUAG